CCGUACCCUAUGCAAUACCCACCCCUCGACUUUUCUAUCUUGAAGUACUUACUUCUCUUUCCAUUUGCCCCCCAGCCUUUUCUCCCUAUUCUAGUCCUCAUCUUUUCCAUAUAUCCUCCCAAUCUUGAAAAACAAGCCAUAUAAAAGUGCUACUAGUUGUUUUUUCCUUCUUCAACUGACGAAAAUGAUAAGUUGGCAUGAUCUUUAUGUCGUCUUAACUGCUGUAAUUCCUCUCUAUGUAGCCAUGAUCUUGGCCUAUGGCUCCGUCCGGUGGUGGAAAAUAUUCACCCCGGACCAGUGCUCCGGCAUCAACAGAUUUGUCGCCAUUUUCGCGGUGCCUCUCCUUUCUUUCCACUUCAUUUCGAACAAUGAUCCUUAUGCCAUGAACUUCCGGUUCAUCGCUGCAGAUACACUUCAGAAACUUAUAAUGCUUGUGAUUCUUGGCUUGUGGGCUAAUUUAACCAAAAAUGGCAGUCUUGAAUGGUCUAUAACAAUUUUUUCACUUUCCACACUGCCUAACACUCUCGUGAUGGGCAUUCCUUUGUUGAUUGCUAUGUAUGAUAAGGGCUCGGGUAGUCUUAUGGUACAAAUAGUGGUGCUACAGUGCAUCAUUUGGUACACGCUUUUGCUCUUCUUGUUCGAGUAUCGCGGUGCCAAGAUGCUCAUCAUGGAGCAGUUCCCUGAGACCGCAGCUUCAAUUGUGUCGUUUAAGGUUGAGUCGGAUGUUGUUUCUUUAGAUGGACAAGAUUUUCUUGAAACAGAUGCUGAGUUAGGUAAUGAUGGCAAGCUUCAUGUAACUGUGAGGAAAUCAAAUGCAUCAAGGAGGUCACUUGGACAUGGUUCAUUCUCAGGAUUGACCCCUCGGCCGUCGAAUCUUACAGGAGCUGAAAUUUACAGUUUGAGUUCGACUCCAAGGGGGUCUAAUUUUAAUCAUUCCGAUUUAUGCUCGAUGAUGGGAUUUCCAGGCAGACUAUCGAAUUUUGGUCAGUCCGAUACAGGUAGAUUUUCGAACUUCAAUGUCACAGAUAUGUACUCAGUUCAAUCAUCUAGAGGUCCAACUCCGAGGACGUCAAAUUUUGAGGAAAACUGUGCACCUGGACCUCUCACGAGCCCAUCAUUGCCUUUCACUUCGCAUCCGGCUCCGAAUCUCGAUAGUGCUUCAGCUGUUCCAAAAACUGCAAAAAACCAUCAGCAGCAACUGCAGUCGCAGCCUCAGCCACGGUCCCAGAAACCGGGUAACAAGGCGAACCAUGAUUCUAAGGAGCUUCACAUGUUGGUGUGGAGCUCGAGCACAUCGCCGGUGUCGGAAGGAGGUGGGCAUCACGUGCUCGGUGGACCCGAUUUCAGUGCUUCCGAGCAAUCCAAGGAAAUCAAGUUGUUUGUUUCUGAUAACCCUCAAAAUGGGGAAACUAAAGCCAUUCCCCAAACUGGGGAUUUUUGUGGUCGAGGUAGAGAGCAUGCAGAAGAGGAGAGAGAAAAGGAUGGUCCCACAGAGCUGUCCAAACUGAGCAACAAUCCUACGGUCCAGCUACAACCACGUGUUGUCCAAGGUCAAUUUCCCAGCGCCGUAAGCAAUAUGCCACCGGCUAGUGUCAUGACUCGACUAAUUUUGAUUAUGGUGUGGCGAAAACUUAUCCGAAAUCCUAACACGUAUUCAAGUCUCAUUGGUUUAAUAUGGUCGCUAGUCUCGUUUAGGUGGGAUGUGCAUAUGCCUAAGAUUGUACAAGGGUCAAUCUCCAUACUCUCUGAUGCUGGCCUUGGAAUGGCUAUGUUUAGCUUAGGCUUGUUUAUGGCACUUCAACCGAAGAUAAUAGCAUGCGGGAACAAGGCAGCUGCUUUCUCCAUGGCAGUGAGGUUCUUCGCUGGCCCAGCAGUAAUGGCUGCAGCUUCCUUCGCUAUUGGCCUUCGUGGUACUCUACUCCAUGUCGCGAUCGUACAGGCCGCACUUCCACAAGGGAUUGUUCCAUUUGUGUUUGCUAAAGAAUACAAUGUUCAUCCAGCCAUUCUUAGCACUGCGGUUAUAUUUGGAAUGUUGAUUGCAUUGCCAAUCACACUAGUCUAUUACAUACUUCUUGGAUUAUAAUUAUUGAAACAAAAUGCGAAUCCACAACCAGUGGAUUGUGACACUUCGUUGAAAUAGGUGGCCGAGAUGUUUGACUCGUCAAUCAAAUUAUACAAGAGCGGAUCACGCCCCAAUCCGAGGGGAAAAGAUAGUCAAGGAGUAAAACGACGAGGAUUAGCACUGUCGACUGAGUGCAAGAAAUGGAAGUAGAAAAAAGCGAUUAUCAAUUUUAAUUUCUCCGUAAUUUAUUUCGUGAGUGAACGUCAUAAUUGUAGCUUAUUCUUUGCUUGAAAUCGGAUUAGAAAGUUCGAAAACCCGGUUUACUUUUUCCUCAAUAGUGUUAGCAGGUGAUAAUUGUUUUUGUUUUCUUCGUCGUUUACCUCUUACAAUGUAAUUACUUUAAGAUGAUUAACAGUUGAAAGGUUUCAUUAUGAUCUUUA